UGCUCAAUGUGCCUAUUUCCUAAUUUGGUGGCAGGAAAUAACUUCUGACAUAUACCAAGUAGUUUUGUUAGCAAGAAUUCCUUAUUCAAUCGUGUUAUCACGACAUGGCGUGGUAGCAAAUGACUUUAAACGUGUGUAUUUUAGUUAACUUGGCGAUACUGUCAAAAAUGAAAUGACGUAAUUACACCGCGACACACAAACACUGAACAUUCUCCAUUUAUAUUAUUUCGCCAGUGAUAAUAUAAAUAGUGUGUUAAUGGUAACGCGUGAUGUGCUGAUAUUAUUCCUCAUCUUCCUACUAAGAGCAACAAAAAGUUAGUUUUGUUAGCGGUUAGACGGUAAGGAAACAACCGUUUAUGACUCUUAUUAAUCAAUGUAUGGCCCGUUAAUUACGUCAUCACCCGUUCCCAAGUUUUAGGGAGAAGAUUUGGGACUGAUGUAAAACCACGUGAGAGCGUUUAGUAUAUUUGACUGCAUUGCGUGUACGGUAAAUAUGUUCAGGUUAGAUGCUAAGUAAGAAACAAAUGGCUCAAUUUGAUCGAAAAUUGACUCAUCGUUCAACGCUUCAUUUUAGUGACAUCUUGUGGCGAAAAAGGAGACAGGCAAAAAAAUCUGAAUGCAUUGUUUUGUUUACUGAUUCACGAAGUGUGUAAAUGUAGUGAUAUAAUACAUACAUAAUAAUAUUAUAUGCAGUGUAUUCUUCAGGAAAAGGUGUGUUUGAGGAAACGCUGUACACUGAUGUCUUCGUACUAGUUUUUGGAGCAAACUAAUACCUCAAUGUUUAUGAUAUUGAGUGUGUCCAGUGUGUUUCCGGCUUGCACAGAACGAAAGUCUUGAAUGCCUGAUGUGGUAAAACAGCUCAACCCACCAUGGAUGCCAAUACAGAGUCUACUGGAACUGACACUGAAACGCAACCAGAAAGUGAGUAUCUAAGCGAAGAUGAUCUGAAUUAUUCAGACACGAGGGAAAGUUUGCUGGCCAGGAUGGAGGAAAUCCGCCGCACCAUCCAAGAGAUGAUUCUGGAAAAUGAGAGCGUUCCUGAAAUCGAGCGACUGGAGUUGAAGGAGUUCAACGUAGAUGACGAGAGGCAGAGUAUGCACGAUGCCGCGUUGGACGAGGAAGUUUCCAGGGUGAGGGAGAGGAUUGAGAUGGAGAUUUUAGAGCGAUGCUACAAGCGUGAUCUCAUCAAGAGGGAUUGCUGGGAUUCUCUUAAAGUUAAGGACAGAGCGGUAAAGGCCUUUCACACUGAGCACGAGGUGACAAACUACCCACUCAAAGAGCGGCCACAAGCCGAGUUCGAUGCCCUGAGGAGAGUUGUAAAUAAAAGGAAGGCGGAACAGGCCCAGAGGGCCCAAGAAAAGGCUGCAGAAGAAGAGACGGAGGACUUGUCGGAGGCCCAGAGCGGAGUCGCGAGCAGCUACUCGGCUGAGCUGGGACUGUCGCACCCUGACCUCUACGACCAGUUCAGCCUGCACACCACUGAGCAGAAGCUGAACCAGAUCGUUUUGCUCCAGGAUGUGAUCUUCCAAAUCAAGGUGGCCCUCAACGCCCACUUUGACAAGGUGUACAAGCAAAAGGUGCAGGAGAUCGCCCGCGUGAAAGAGAGGAACAAGCAAGUGAAGGAGCUCCUGGAUGAACUGGAGGUCGACGAGGAGCUGUGGGUGCCCGUCCUGAACGACAGGGAGGUGCCCGAGAGGGUGUUUGUCGUGAAGGACUCCGAGAUAACGGCCGAAAAGUACCUCACCCCAGAACAGGAGAAGGAAGAGGAACGGAAGAGGCUGGAGGAGCAAAAGCGCUUGGCGGCCAAGAGCGACGACGUCCGAGAAAGGGCUCUCGACGACAUGAUGGACGGCGUUCUUGAAGCGAAAAAAGACAGUCUGUUGAAAUCGGAAGUACCCCAGCCCGAGUUUGUUCUGGCCAAACCGAACAACCAGUGGAGCGAAGAGGAGAAAAAGCAAUUUAAAGAAUAUGAAAAGAAAGUCAAAGAGCUGAACACAGAGAAGGAUAAAUACAGAAAGUCACUGGAAAACGAAAUCAAAAGCCUUCAGAAAACCACCAAAGAGGCCACGGACCGCUUUGAUGAAGGUUUGAAAAAGCUGUUUGAGAUGAAAAUUAAGUCGGACAUGGCCAUAUGUCAGGAGGAACUGAAGAUCAAAGCGCUUAAUUACUCGGUGCUCAUGGAAGAGGUGAUGAAGAACGAAGAAAUGGAGCAGGCACAAAAACUUGAAGAAAUGUCUGCACAGAGGAAGAGAAUGGCCGAAGACCUGCAGAAGUUUGAGAAAGACGUCGAACUGUUCCAGGAGAGCUAUGAGAACAUUCUGGCAGACGACAAAGCCCAGGACAAAGACUUCAGGAAGGAGUUUUCCAAUCUGCACAAAGCUCAUGUUGAUCAGCUGUAUAAACUGUUCAAGCGAAGGCCCAGAGGUCAAAAGAAGAAUGCAAUGGAGGAGUUGGACGCUCACAGGAACAUGCCAGAGGGACUGAACCAGCCGGUGUGGGAGAAGUUUUGUCAAAUCCGCAGAACAAAAAUAGACACCGAGCAUAAGAUCAAAGCCACGGCAGCCACUCUGGCUGAGAUGCAAGCGACUCUUCUCAAGAGGCGAGAAGCGGAUGAGGCCGCCAAGCAGGACAUGGAAUGUCUGGCAACAGAACUUGAAAACCUGCGCGAGGAGAAGAACAACUUCCUGACGGACAUCACGGUCCAGUUCCUCCUCAAACAGGGUCAGGUGGAGGUAACCAACACGGAUCUCAUCCCGGACUACAGCGAGUCGAUUCUCCUCCACAGGGGCAAGGUGGAAGAACUCAACCACACCAUCCUGACUCUCGGCGAGCAGAAGAUAGCCACCAUGGUGCAGACCAAAGACUUUCGUAAGGGUAUCAUCCAGGUCGAGUGGGACAACACCAUGAGGAGGAUGCAGAUCGAGGAUCUCAAGAACAAAGAACGGGACAUCCAGAAGCUGCGGCUCACAGAGGACCACAAAGAGUAUCUCAAGUCAGACAGCGACAGCCGCGUAUGCAAGCAGGCCAUUUCUAUGAAGGAGACUCAGGCCCUGCAGACGAAGAAUUUUCAAAAGGACGUGAAGUAUCGCAAACAAAAAAUCAGACACCUCCAAGCUCAGACGGCCAUCAAGGAACGGAAGAACGCCGCUUUGGACAAGCAGAUCCAGGACAUGCACGUGACUGUGUCGCAGAUGCGACACAUCUACGAGGCCUCGGCUACGGAAGAAAACGAGGCGCUGAACACGGAGCAGCGCUACCAGGAGGUCCUGCUGGUGCAGCGGCUGAAGGACACGGCCAGGUACCAGAUGGAGAAGCUGGCCUUCCUCAGCGCCGAGGCGCAGCAUUUGAGGAUGAGGAACGUCCCUUCGCUGGUGCAGAUCAAAUACAACUGAGCCCCCCGCACGGGCAACCAGGUUUUUAGUCACACUCAUCUUAAAUAGACGCCGGCUAAAAAUCGAGCGGUACGAGACGAUAACACAGCAGCCGCAAAUAAACGUAGGAUUGAA